UCAAUAGCGAUUCGAACGCAGUUUUGGCGCCAAUUGUCGUCGCAUUCAUCGAUUCGUUCGAAACUUUUUGAAACGCGAUUUGAAUUCGAAUCCAAUUUCCAGACAACUGUUAAACCGAUUCAACGGAUGAGUCAUUCGUUACUGAAAUCCCAUUCAAAGCAAUCGUCUGUCUAUUGAAAACUCAAUUAUCUGUUCAUUUGAUCCACACUUUGUGUCCACACAACUCCGUCACCACUCCAUCGGUUGGUGUCAGCGACUCAUCAGUCAACACAUACUCACCCAUUGGUUGUGUCUUCACUAUCACCUUAAGUACAUCCCUAUAGAGUCCUAUUGUGAGCGAUGGCACCGAAACCCCAGUCAUCGGAUCCGACGGCUCUAUGCGUUCCGACGCCGAAGUCAGCUCUGGUCAGAGCGGGUCUGCACCUGAAGAACGAGCGGCUCAUGUCGUGCUCGCAGUUCGUUCCGCGACCCGGCUUUGGACAGAAGGGCCGCCGCAUUGUCCUCAACACCAAUCACUUCGCCGUCGACUUCAACGCCAAGAAAGUCAUCUACAGAUAUCAGGUGUCCAUCGAGUGUCUGCCGCAAGCGUUCCGGUUGUCUGCGGCCGCCGGCGACGAGAGGCGACGCUUUCGCAAACUGUCGGACAACUUGUGCCGCAAGAUCUUCGCCAAAGCGGUCGAUGAGAACAAGUCGUACGGAAAGCUGUUCUACAACUCGAUGCCAGUCUUCGACGGAUCCAAAGCGAUGUUCUCGUGCGGACCACUGGCCGGCAUCUCAUGCGACGGCAAACCCACGCGUAUUGUAGUGGAAGUGCCGGACGACCAGUCGGUGGACUCGCAGUUCGCCUUUAAUAUCAAAUACACGGGAAAUACGAUAAGUCUUAACGGUUUGCGGCUAUACUUCGAUAAGAAGACGAACGCCAUUCCCUUCGAACACAUCCAAGCGCUCAAUAUUGUCCUCAGACAGGGACUCAUCGGCUCCAAGAUAUCCAUCGGUCAGUCGCUGUUCAACCCAUCGCCGGAUAAUCGCAUUAAUAUCGGCGGCGGAAAGCAAUUGGCGUUCGGUAUCUACCAGUCGUUGAGACCGUGUGUCGGCGGCGCCCAACUGGUGGUCGACCGCGCGUGCACUGCCUUCUGGGCCAACGGAUCCAUUGAGGACUUCGUCAAGAGUUUGUUUCCGUACAAAGAGUGCGAAUCUAUGAUGAAAUACAAGUGGAAUGACUUCGAGAGGAAACGCGUUGAGCGCGAACUCAAAGGCCUUCUCAUCCAAGUGUCUCACCUCCGGUUCCACAAGAAGUACAAAAUCCAUGGCAUCACCAGAGAGUCGGCUCAAGACCUGCACUUCCUGUGGACAAAGAGGGGCCGCAGAGGCGAGAAGAUAUCCGAAGGCAGUGUCUCUGUUGCCGAGUAUUUCAAACAGGAAUACCACGAACUGAAGGCUCCGCACUGGCCGUGCGUUAUCGUCCGCAGCGGUCAGAGGCCCACGUAUUACCCGCUGGAAGUGUGCCGACUCGCCAACGACCAGCACGUGAACCGAAAGCUGCCGCCGCAACAGACGGCCGAAAUGAUCCGAAUGUGUGCCUCAACUCUACCUAAAGAGCGCUUCGAAAUCAUCCAAAAGGCGGCCAAAGAUAUCGCACUCAACGAUAAUUGUCGCAAAUAUCUCAACGAAUUCUCGCUGAAACUGUCGACACAACCCAUCGGUCUGUCGGCGCGUGUGUUGGAGGCGCCGGUUCUCGCGGAACGCAAUGGCAAACACUGUAUCCCUCGGGACGGCAAGUGGCGAAUCGGACAGUUCUUCAACUCAGUGGACGUCAAGCAGUGGAUUGUCGUCAAUCUGACUAAUCUCGAGGACCACCAGAUCACCAAUUUUAUCGAAACCCUCAAGAAGUACGGCCAACAGAUCGGCAUGAAUAUCAACGAUCCCGUCUGUCGCGUCAAAAUGACAUAUCAGAGGGGAUUCCUUAAGGAGAAACUCUUCGAUAGAGCCGAAGAGAAGUAUGGAUUCGUCGAUCUCUUCAUCUUUCUGGGCAUCGAAUCCGACGAAUGCUAUUACGAGAUCAAGAAGUGCGGAGACAUCGACAUCGGACUCACCACUCAAUGCGUCCGCAAACACAACGUCUUGCGUAUGAACCAGUCUUUGGCCACAAAUAUUCUGCUGAAGAUUAACACCAAAAUGGGCGGAGAGAACCUCUGUUUGGCUACUUUGCCACCGAUUCUGGCCAACAGACGAGUGGUUGUCAUCGGCGCAGAUGUGGCCCAUCCCUCGCCAUCGGAUAAACUGUGCGCUUCAGUGGCGGCAGUGGUCGGCAAUAUCGACGCCAAUUGUAUCAAACACUACGCGACGGUUAAAGUGCAACACAGAUAUCGCGAAGAGAUUAUCAACGAAUUGGAUGUAUUGGUGAAUGAGAUUCUCCGCGAAUACCAGCGCCAGAACGGAGAACUGCCUCAAGAGGUGGUCUUCUAUAGGGAUGGCGUCAGCGAAGGACAGUUCAUGUAUGUCAUGGACUUUGAGAUCAGGAAAAUAAAGCUCGCCUUUCAAUCCCUGGCCGUCGGGUAUAACCCGAAGUUGACGUUCAUUGUGGUCCAGAAGAGACACCACACCAGAUUCAUUCCGGACGACGAGAGGGACGGUGUGGGCCGUGGAAAGAACGUCCCGCCGGGAACUAUAGUGGACAAUGUGGUCGUCCAUCCGACCGACUUUGACUUCUACCUGUGCUCUCAUGAGGCCAUUCAGGGCACCGCUCGUCCGUCUUAUUACUACGUGCUGUACGACGAGAACAGGUUCGGCGCCGACCAACUCCACGAGUUGACGUACUAUCUGUGCCACACAUACGCGCGUUGCACCCGAAGUGUGUCGAUCCCGUCGUGUGUCUAUUACGCCCAUUUGGCCGCACAUCGCGCCCGCGGACACAUCAAUGGCUCCACCGGUGACUCGGAUUCUGGCUCUUCGGGCGGCAGUCCUAACCUACGGCUGUCUCGACGAGUGGUUCCCAACUUUGAUAAUCUGAGCCAAAAGAUUAACGUCAGAAACGAUCGCAAGAGUUCUAUGUAUUUCUGUUAGACUCUUACAGCUCUUCUCUCAACACUUUUUUCCUCAUUUUUUGACGUUUUGCUAAAUUUUUGCCAAAAAUAUUGAUUUUUAUAUUGUUUUUGUUUUUUACGAC